UAGAUAAAAAUGCAAAUUUUUUUUAACAAAAUACUAUCAGCUAAUAGAAUUUUGAACGGUUAUAAAAUUGACAAUUCUUUAAUCGAUUCAUUUAUUAUAUUCAGAGAAUUAAAUAAUUCAUAUUAAAAAUACACCCCAAAAAAAAAAAUUUUGAUGAAAUAUCAAUUUUCAAAAUUAAUAAUCAAGUGGGUUUUUUUUUUUUUUUUUUAAAUAAAAAAUAUUUUUCUGUGCGUUAUAGAUAAUAGAGUCCGACGGUCCAUCACAGCCACAAAACAAAACCUAUAUAAAUCUUUCUCACCUCUCCGACCAGCCCUCUCCGACUAUCAUUUCCUCAAAUUCAAAUACCAAAAAAUAAAAUAAAUUAAAAAAAAAUCUCAAAAAACACAAUGCUAUUACGUGGCGCAAUCUCCUCUCAUCUUCUAUCAUCCUCCACACUCCGAUUCAAAACAACCACCUCUUCCUACCCACAAAACGUCGUCGUCUCAGCCCAAUCCCCACAGCAAUCCUCCACCACCACCACCAAGUUUUCCAUCUCCGACCAAGACCUGGACUCACGAGGCUUCUCCCUCCGCAGCACGGUGAACGACCUCAACCUGGACCAUCUCAACUCGGUCUUCAUGGCGGUCGGGUUCCCGAAGCGGGACCCGGCGAAGAUCAGGGUGGCGCUGGAGAACACGGACGCGCUGCUGUGGGUGGAGUACAGGAAGACGCAGAGGCCGGUGGCGUUCGCUAGGGCUACGGGGGACGGUGUGUUCAACGCGAUCAUCUGGGACGUGGUGGUGGACCCGUCUUUCCAGGGGAUCGGAUUGGGGAAGGCGGUGAUGGAGAGGUUGGUGGAGGAGCUUUUGGGUAAAGGCAUCUGUAACAUCGCUUUGUAUUCGGAGCCCCGGGUUUUGGGUUUCUAUAGGCCUUUGGGUUUUGUUUCGGAUCCUGAUGGGAUCCGAGGAAUGGUGUAUUCUAGAAAACAGAAAAAGAAAAAAUAAUAAUAAUAAUAAUAAUAAUAAAACAUUUAUAAAAAAAAAAAAAAUUCUUUCAUUUUGGCCUAAACUUAGUUAUUGACUUUUCCAAGAUAGUGGUGGUUGGAUGUUAUUAAGGAUUUGGGUAAUUAUUUGUAUUUUAUUAUUUUCCAAAAUAAUAAUUUGCUUAAAUUUAUUAU